AUGCCCUCAGCCAACAUGGAGACAGUUCAGCCUGCCGGCUUGAACAACACUGAUCCGCAGAUAUCUACAGAGCAAAAUGCGUACAAUACAGAGAUGUGGAACCAGGCCCAUAAUACUGCUCAUCGAACUUCAAUCAGUACUGCGCCCUCUGAAACGCCUAACAAUGCUGAAGAAACCCAAAAUGGGAAUGCGCCCAGAGUUAUGGCGCCUUUCUGGACUGGCGUGAAUGGCCCAUCUCCCGCCCCAGUUUCGCAGCAGUCAACUACUACAUCAACUUCUGCGGGCCCCGGGACCGAAUCUGGCAAUAAUGAGACUCCAACUCACGGUGCAUCUACUCACGAAUGGCGUCCAGCCGUAGCGAAUAGCUGGGCGGAAUAUAACCGUAUUGAAACCCACAGACGCUCACAGGCACAAACCGCUACCCAAGUACUGGGAGUGCCGACGCUGUAUGCUAACAACCAUCAAGCCUACCAACAUAUGGCGGGAACCUUGCAGCAACUAGGCCCUCAUUUUGUGCCUCCAGGAUAUUCACUCGUUCCGCAAGCUUCGUUCGGAUACGCAUCUCCAGCCGAGACACAACAUGCAUCGAGUUAUAGACUGCCCCCUCUUGCCUAUCCCCGCGCAAAUCCACAUGUGGCCCUUCCACGUCCGGAAAUAUCCAGCUCUGUCGCUCAGCAGCGAGGGCAUGAAAGUCAAUCCUCUGAUGGAAAUAUCACAAUCGGAUCCGGAGCAAACCCACCACAGAAUCUGAACAGUCGUCGGCGUGCAAGGCGCCCGGAUGAUCCAGGAUUCCAGCACUCGAGACGUCCCUCCCCUCCGCAAUAUGAGGGAAUUGCAACACAGCCGACAAACGCACAGUUCGCUGAGAUGCCAGGUCCAGUUCCAGUUCCAGCCGCUGGAACUUACGUGUCCUAUCCGGCACUCACUGCACGCCAACACGCUUUGAUAACGCGGCAGAUACAAAUGAACAGUGUUCUGCGCGCUAUGCGCCCUGAGGAUGUCGAAGCUCUGCGAAUGUAUGAAGAGGGUAUUGCUCGAGGCAGGCGCUUUCAUACGGCACACACUGCUGCCGAGGAGCCUCCUUCGAAGGGCCUGGACAACCAGAAUGACGGGAGACCAGAACCUAAAGAAGCGGAGGAGAUGAAUGUGAGCUUGGAAUGCAAAGUUUGUCUGAGUCAACUCGUAGAUACAGUCUUGAUUCCCUGUGGUCAUGCUGUUCUCUGUCGUUGGUGUGCAAACCAACACAUGCCAUCGAGCAGAGCCGACCAUACACGUCCCAAAAAGCCCGCGGCAUGUCCAAUGUGUCGGAAGCCCGUGAAACAGAAGUUCCGAAUCUACCUAUCUUGA